AUCACUGUUCUGACGUCAUCAUUCUGCAGUCUGCUGCUGUAUUGUUUCUUCGAAAACAAGAAGUAAUUUGAAUGAAAAUGCCUUUAUCAAAGAAUGUUGAUCAUUUUGUGCUUCCUAAUAUCAUCUUAAUGGCUCUAGUCACAGUGGGCCUACUUUUAACGGUGUUGUGCACCUUCAAACCUGACGUUGUUCCGUAUGCCUACAUGGGACCAGUUGGUGAUUUAGCUCACUACCUUGCCUACAAACAAACCCUAGUUAUGCAGACAAUAUGUUAUACAGCAAUCUUCAUACACGUUGUUGAGGCAUUCUAUGCUUAUUACCUAGCAGGGACGAAAGAGUUGUCAAGUUCGGCAAGACUCAAGUGGGGCAUUGGUACUCUGUGUUUUGGCAUCUUCUGCAUGUACGAGUUGCUGAAGUAUGACCCAACUAAGCAGCAGAAGAAUGAAUGAUUAAAGUGUGCAAGCUACAGAAAUAAUGUGAACCUACUUCAAUGACAUGCCAGGUUGUGUGACCAAUUUUUCAAGUCUUCUACAGGGUUAGCAUAUAAGCAUUGACAAUGAGUAAGGUGCCUUUGCCAGAACUUCAGGGGAGGCUGGAGUGAGCUGCAUGGACUCUCUUUAGUUGGAUGCCAGCUUUUUCAAAAUUUCAAACCGUAUUCAAGUUUUGAAGUGUCCGUUUAGUGAAAUUGUAGGCCAAUAAACUUUGAACUUGGGCAAAUAAAGAUUUUUGUUGUCAGAACUGCAUUAAAGGAAAUUAACUGAAUAUUAUGUGAGCUAGUAGCCUAUGAACUUUCUUCACUGAGAUGCCAGGCUGUUCCCAAUUUAGAAUAUAUUAUUUAAGUUUCAAAAAGUGUAUAUUUAAAAUGAAGGUCAAACGUGAUCUUCCUAUAAACUCUGAACCAUGGCAAAUAAAGGUGUUUUUUAUUUCAGAACUUAAACAACAGAAUGAAUGAGUUCAGUAGUAUCUGAAGGAAACCAAACUUUAAGAAGUAAAGCAAUCUUUUUGGAAAGAAUAAAAUGAGAGGAACAAUUUAAAAAAA